AUGUGUAUUGCCGUCGUUGCCGUCCUGUGUGUAGCGAUGUUCGGGUCGUUGCCUGCCGUCGUCGCUGUACCCCUAACGAUCGCAAUUAUUGAUAAAUCGUCAUCGAUCGCUGGCCCGAUCUUUCGAACUCAGCCUGCACCGCAGCCUGAAUCCCGUUAUCCUGACAACCCAACUGCGGUCGUCGAAACUGAUUGCGAUGCGACGAACCUCCCGCAGCAGCUGCAAUCGAGUACACAGUCGCCGAAUGACGCGAACCUCCCUCAGGAGGAAAUACAGCCCGCGAGUACGAACGAGACAGCAAUAGACGACGCGUCGUGUGCCCAAUAUAAUGACGAAGAUGGCGAAGACUUUGAAAACGACUACAUUCUGUUUUUCUCUUGGAUACCAAUAAUUUUUUUACUAAUGAUAGUAUUGUUUGCGUAUUCGAAUCUUAAAUCUUUUUGUUUAUCUAAAAUGAAAACAGAUUCUGUGGAAACACUGUGUUUGCAAUCGAGCAAUUCUCGAUAUACCUAAUAUUGAUUAAUAUAUUAUACAAUAACAAUAAUAAAAAAAAAAAUCUGCAGUGUGUAUGCUCAGUGCUUACUGUAAACUGUUUUUAAGGGAUUCAAUUUCCUGAUAAAAUGAAAACGAUUAUACUCGCCAGGUUAUAAAAUAAUUGUAAUUUAAAACAAUUGGCUGUUAACAUUCAUUUAACUCCACGGAUUAUUUUUACCGCUGUUUUCAUUUUAAAAAUUAUUUAAUUAUUUAUAAACAUUUUUUCUUUAUAAAUAAACGAUUUAUAAACAAUUA